CGGGAGGGCGGGUCCGAGCCCAGAAGAGCAGGAGGGGGAGAGGCUGGCGGGUCAUGCCCUGGUGGCCCCGCGCCGCGCUCUUCUGGGACGUGGUCCUGGGUGUGUUGGGCACUGUCACCUUCCUGUUAGACCUGGGCGCCGACCUGUGGACCGCAAGCCAAUAUGUGCUCAGCGGUUGCUACCUGUGGGCCGCGCUGGUGCUGGCGCUGUUGGGCCUCGCCUCCGUCGCGCUGCAGCUCUUCAGCUGGGUCUGGAUGCGCGCCGACCUCUCCAUCCCGCAUGCGCCGAAGCCCCCAGGCCAGUACCUGGCGCUGUUGCAUCUCCUGCAGUUGGGCUACCUGUACAGGUGCGUGCAGGGGCUGCGGCAGGGGCUGCUGGUGUGGCGGCAGGAGGUGCCUUCCCAGUUCGACUUGGCCUACGCCGACUUCCUCUCCCUGGACAUCAGCAUGCUGCGGCUCUUUGAGACCUUCCUGGAGACGACACCGCAGCUCACGCUGGUGCUGGCCAUCGUGCUGCAGAGUGGCAGCGCCGAGUACUACCAGUGGCUCAGCAUCUGCACGUCCUUUGUGGGUAUCUCGUGGGCACUGCUCGACUACCACCGGGCCCUGCGCACCUGCCUCCCCUCCAAGCCCCUCCUGGGGAUGGGCGCCUCUGUGAUCUACUUCCUGUGGAACCUGCUGCUGCUGUGGCCCCGCGUCCUGGUCGUGGCCCUGUUCUCAGCCCUCUUCCCCCGCUAUGUGGCCCUGCACUUCUUGGGCCUGUGGCUGGUGCUGCUAUUCUGGGUCUGGCUUCAGGGCACGGACUUUAUGCCGGAUCCCUGCUCCGAGUGGCUGUACCGGGUGACGGUGGCCACCAUCCUUUAUUUCUCCUGGUUCAACGUGGCUGAGGGCCGCACCCGCGGCCGUGCUACCAUCCACCUGGUGUUCCUGCUGAAUGACAGCCUUCUCCUGGUGGCCGCCUGGGUGACUCAGAGUGCCUGGCUGCCCAGCGGGCACCUGCUACAGAGGCUGCUGCCUGCAGCCGGCAUCUGCUUCCUUCUGGGGCUGGCUCUGCGGCUGGGCUACUACCACUGGCUACACCCUAGCUGCCACUGGGAGCCUGACCAGGUGGACGGGGCCCAGGGUUUCCGCUCCCUCGAGGGGCAUCAGCUGCCUCAGAACAGGCGCAUGGCCCAGUUGGCUAAGAACUUUUUUCCCAAGGCUAGGGAUGAGGCGGCUUUGCCACGGAAAGGAGAGGUGAAUGGUGUCCUUUGAGGCAGGGUCAGACCCAGCCAGGGGACUGAAGGCCAGAUGGAAAUCAGUUGGUAGAAUGUAGAAGAUACGCUCCUUAUGCUGCUAAGGGCCUUGAUUCACUCAACAAGCACUUGAUGUCUGGUCUGUGCCAGGCACUGAAGACCAGAGUUGAGUAAGACAGAGGCCUGCCCUCAAGGAUGAGAACAAGAGGAGAAGGGCUAGGCCCUGGAAGGUCAAGGGCCCCAAUUUUGUAUGAAACACUUUGGGAGGAAAGAAGAGACUCCCCUUCCCCGCUCUCCCAACUAGUAUACCCCAAAGCAUCCCAGUGUCGGUAUUUUUACCUCCCUGGCUACCUCUAAAAUAAUUGGUGGAGGUGCUCUCCCACCCUUGGUGCCCGUAUCCUGGGCUGGAAGGCCCCAGGACCUCUAGGAUGUGGUCUCUGGAAUUCUUCCUCCCCUGCCCCACCCCAGUCACUCAGUUCACUCAGCAGAUGUUUACCGAGGGCCUUUUCUGUGCCCGGAGGAUCAUUCUAGCCUUAGCAGAUCAGCUGCCAUCCCAUACCCCCUCCAGCUACUCCAGAGCAGGCUCUCCUGCUGGAAGUCAGGGAAACCCGACUGCCUGACCCCCGUCGGCCCCUCCCAGGCCUCUGCCCCUGCUCUCAAGGAGUGACCUUUCACAAGUGCCUUGUGAACCUGUGGUUGAGUAAUUUUUUAUACUCAUUCUUUCUACCUCAGAGUCUGUAAGCUAGAGACACGUGUGUGUUGCUUUUGUUGAACAGUAUUAUUAGAUUAUUAUUAAAAGCUCAUGAAAUCCUCCAGCCUAGCUGUGUCAUUAAAUCUACCACCAGGUUCAAAGCUGCCUGGAAAAAAGGGGUCAAGGACACAAAGUCUACCUCUCAAAGUCGGUAAAGGCCCUGGGACCAGAGAAGAGGGCUGGCUUAGGCAAGACUUCUCAACCUUGUAUUCUAAGUGUCGGGAGCGGGUGAGCCAGUGUGGGUUUGACCGCUUAGGUAGGCAUCAGAACCCAGACCUGGGCUGACUCUAGUGUAUGCUCUUAACCGGCUCUGCUGCUGAGCCUGCUGGGAGUAGCCACACCUUUGGUACCAUGAAGUGAAUAUGCGAGUGCAGGUGAAGAAAGCUCUUGUUUCUGGGAGCUUAUUGGGAGCGUGGCAGUGAUGACAGGGGAUGUGGAUGUGGGCAAUGUGUCAGGGAGGUCUGUGGUUUGGAGAAACAAGGAGCAGGAAAAGGGUGCUGGAGACAGAAGGAAAGGUUCGUCACAACUGGGAUGGGACCCAGGAGAGUCUGUUAUUGAUGCAUUCAUCUUGUGGAGACACAAUAAAGAGAAUAAAAGACUGUAUGAGAGAGUGUUAAGUGCUAAAAGAAAAAUAAGGUCAGGAAAGUGUGUGUGUGUUGUGGGUGGGAGUUAUAAUUUUAUAUAGCAUGGCCGGGAAGGCCUCCCUGAGAAACUAAGCCCUAAAGGAGGUGAGGGUGAGAGCCACGCAGAUGUGCUUUAUUCCAGGUGCCAAGUCAGCAGUGACUGCAGGAAGGAGGGAUUGUAGCAGUUAUGUUGGCCUGGAGCCAAGGCUGACACAGAAAUGAGAGUUGGGAGCAGGGAGAAACUCUGGGACGAUGACACUGGUGCCUCUUACAUACACAGAAUGGUAGCGGCAGAAAGGGUCUCCAGGAUCACUUAGUCCAAUGAUUUCCAGACUUUUGAAUUUCAAGAGCCAGUAAAAUGGCCAACAUGAUU